GCCCGUGUAGUUUCUCCGCACUCCCGGGGACUCCUGUCAUCUGCUUUAGGUGGGCGAUGCUGUUGCUUAAUUGCAACCUGGAGGAUGAUGGCCUCAAGAAUUUGCUGGAGACGGGAGCGUCAGUCAACGCACCCCCGGAUCCCCAGGAGCAGUCGCCUGUUCACCUAGCUGCAGGUGGCGGCCUUGCUUGUUUUCUUCUCUGGCAGCUGCAAACAGGCGCUGACCUCAACCAACAGGAUGUUUUGGGAGAAACGCCACUCCACAAGGCAGCCAAAGUUGGAAGCCUGGAAUGCCUUAGCCUCCUCGUGGCCAGUGAUGCCCAGAUUGGCUUAUGUAAUAAGAAUGGGCAAACAGCUGAAGAUCUUGCUUGGUCGUGUGGAUUUCCAGAAUGUGCCAGGUUUCUAACAACGAUUAAAUGUACGCAGACAACAAAAUCAUUGGGUGAUGCCUGUGCUCCAGUACUCAGGCAGAAGCGAAGCUUAACAGGUGUGGAGAACAGAGCUUUGAAGAGGAAGUGUUGAUAUCUUGUUAGGCAAGAAGAGGUUUGAAGAAGGGCUUCACUUCAGACUGAUCUAUAAGCCAUGGCUGUGGCUUACCAUACGGAUAAACUCCUGAGGAGGAAAACUUUCUUCUAAGUGAAGAGAACAUUCAUGAAUACAUGUAUUUACAUGACUGUA